UUCUUACAAUUUUUAAUAAGGGACCCUUCUAAUAAUUAGAGCUAUACUCUCUCUCUGAGACAAAGCCAUGUCUUCUUCAACUUCCUAAGUCUCAUCUCAACACUUUUUAAUUUUCCUUUUCUACACAAACUUGCUUCAAUCCAAUCAAUUUCCCUUCUUUCUCUCUUUCUUUCUGGAGUAUAUAUUCCUUUUCAUUCAAAGCCUUUUCCUUUAUUUUUUUCCCGAGAGAUGAUGAAUCCUCUUAACGGAAGAGGAGGAGGACUCGGUGGAUCGAGUUCCGGUAAGAAUCAAGGCGGAGAGUCAGUGGUGGAGAUGUUUCCUUCGGGUCUUAGAGUUCUUGUCGUUGACGAUGACCCGACUUGUCUUGUGAUCUUAGAGAAGAUGCUCAGGACUUGUCUUUACGAAGUAACGAAAUGCAACAGAGCAGAGAUGGCAUUGUCUCUGCUCCGGAAGAACAAACACGGAUUCGAUAUUGUCAUCAGCGAUGUUCACAUGCCUGACAUGGACGGCUUCAAGCUUCUUGAACACGUCGGUCUUGAGAUGGACUUGCCUGUUAUCAUGAUGUCUGCGGAUGAUUCAAAGAGUGUUGUCCUAAAAGGAGUCACGCACGGCGCGGUUGACUACCUGAUCAAGCCUGUACGCAUGGAGGCGCUUAAGAAUAUAUGGCAGCACGUGGUUCGGAAGAGGAGGAUCGAGUGGAGCAUGCCUACUACUACACAUUCCGGAAGCGUUGAGGAGACAACCGGCGAGAGGCAGCAGCAGCAGCAGCAGCAGCAGAGAGAAGCUGUUUCCGCUGAUGAUGAUGACAACAACUCUUCCUCUGUCAACGAAGGGAAUAAUAACAACAACAACUGGAGGAGCAGCAGCGGCAGCAGCUCGCGGAAGCGGAAAGAUGAGGAAGGUGAAGAGCAAGGUGACGAGGAAGACGCUUCCAAUCUCAAGAAGCCGCGUGUUGUCUGGUCCGUUGAGUUGCAUCAACAGUUUGUUGCUGCUGUUAAUCAGCUCGGCGUUGAAAAGGCGGUUCCUAAGAAGAUAUUGGAGCUGAUGAAUGUUCCUGGUCUUACAAGGGAGAACGUAGCCAGCCACCUCCAGAAAUACAGAAUAUAUCUAAGACGGCUUGGAGGAGUGUCACAGCACCACCAAGGAAGUUUAAACAACUCGUUUAUGACGGGUCAGGACGCCAGCUUCGGUUCUCUUCCCACUCUGAACGCGUUUGAUCUUCAAGCGCUAGGUCAGCUUCCUGCUCAGAGCCUUGCACAGCUUCAAGCAUCUGGUCUAACCCGGCCUGCUGCGUUGGUCUCUAAGCCAGGGUUCCCUGGUGGUUCCACCACCAUUGUGGACGAGAGAAGCAUCUUCAGCUUCGACAACUCCAAAAUGAACUUGCUCCACGGUGUCCCGACCGGUAUGGAACCAAGACAGCUUGCUGGCUUACAACAACAACAUGGAAUGACGAUUCAACAACAGAUUGCCGCUGUAAGAGCAGGACAUAGCCUUCGGAGGCCUCAGCAGCAAACAUUCUCACGACCACAACAAUCAUCAUCCAUCAGGCAGCCGAUGUUACCAAACCGUGUCUCUGAGAUAAGUGGUUUCUCUUCGGGAAGGAGCAGCAGUAUCCCUGAGAGCAGCAGCAGAGUGUUACCCACAAGCUAUGCCAACCUCUCAACUCAACAACAGUCGCUGGCCUUCAGCAACUUCCAACAAGAACUCCCCGUGAACAGCUUCCCGCUAGCGAGUGCACCAGGCUUAUUAUCUCUUCGGAAACCACAUUCUUCUGCUUCCGAGGUUAACAGCUCGGAAGCAGGUUUCACCACAUCUAGCUACGACAUGUUGUUCUCAAGUAGACAGAACGAUUGGGAUCUGCGGAGUAUGCUUUCUUCCUCUCAUCAAGACGCGUUUUCCAAUUCAGAAGCCUACUCUUCUUCAAGAAACAACAACAACACUAGCCGGAACCAGCAGCAGCAGCAGCAGCAGCAGGGCAUGGUCUCGCAUCACCAGGUUUAUGGAAACGGAGGGGGAAGCUCCCUGAAGGUGAAGUCAGAGACGAUGGCGUUCCACGAGCAGUAUAGUAAUCAAGAAGAUCUUAUGAGCGCACUUCUUAAGCAGGAAGGUAUUGGACCGGUUGAUACCGAGUUCGACUUUGAUGCGUACUCGAUUGAUGACAUCCCGGUUUGAUUGGAUUAAACCGAAGGAAGGGACAACUUGGGGAGUUGUAUUGUAUUACUUACACGACCAUCUGCUGAUAACAGUAAAACCUGGUUGGAGAAAUGUUGUAUGAUCUGAUCUGCAUGAAGUUUUAAAGGCAGAUUAUAUCAGAAAAUUGUUUUGUAUUAUUACUAAUGAUUUUUUUUGUUGUUGUUUAUGUUAGGAGUUAAUAUGUUACUCUUCCUCUUGGAGAUUCUAUUGAUCGUCAUCUAAGUACAGAGGUUGUUUGUUUAGGGCUUUUGAUAUUCUAAACUUUUGUGAUCGAUGAUAAUAAGACGGACGUUUUCUUGUAACA